CAUUUGUGAGCUAGAGGGCGGUGUAAGUGCUGAUUUCAGACCGGUUACUCGCCGAUACCGAGGAGGACGCCGGGGCAGAAAAGCCCACGUAUCUAUUUGAUAAAGAAAAAGAACACCAGAUUGACACGUUAACCAACCGGGGGGACUAAUUCAGCCACUGACCGGAUACAACAGCAAUAACUCCAAAGGACGAACGCUGGGACAUUUUGUUCAACUUUGAGUUGUCAGUCGCGGUAAGGAAGGUCUGGGGAGAAGACUUCCAGUCGAGGGGACCCCCAAGCGGCCCGGUUCCAAAUCAGCGACCGCGGAGCAGAGAGUCGCGUAGCCGCGGUGCGGCGCUUAGUCGGCGGAUCUAUAGUCAAGUUUUACUCUGCACAGGAGAAGUAAUCACUGGGUGCCGGGUCAUCCGGACAGAGACCUCAUGAAUGGAAAUCGGAACAACAGGAGACGAUGGAGCAGCCGCUGAAGCCCAAGCUUUAUUUGCGUUGCCAAGGCGACCUGGCUUUGGCACCCUUGGGAAGCCCAUUAAGCUUCUGGCCAACUGCUUCCAAGUGGACAUACCUAAGAUUGACGUCUACCUGUAUGAGGUGGACAUCAAGCCUGAUAAAUGCCCUCGCCGGGUCAACAGGGAGGUGGUGGACUCCAUGGUUCAGCAUUUUAAGGUGACCAUCUUUGGCGACUGUCUGCCAGUUUAUGAUGGGAAGAGAAGCCUCUACACUGCUACCCCACUUCCUGUCGCCACUGGUGGGGUCGAUCUGGAUGUCACCCUGCCAGGUGACGGUGGGAAGGACCGCCCAUUUAAAGUUACCAUUAAGUUUGUGUCAUUGGUCAGCUGGCACAUGCUCCACGAAGUCUUGACGGGACGCGGUGUGGCCGAACCGGUGAACCUGGAAAAACCCAUCAGCACCAACCCUGUUCACGCCGUGGACGUUGUUCUUCGACACCUGCCCUCCAUGAAGUACACGCCUGUUGGGCGAUCCUUCUUCUCCUCCCCAGAGGGCUACGACCACCCGCUUGGUGGAGGUAGAGAAGUCUGGUUUGGCUUCCAUCAGUCAGUACGGCCAGCCAUGUGGAAAAUGAUGCUCAACAUUGAUGUGUCAGCCACAGCUUUUUAUAAAGCCCAGCCAGUCAUCCAGUUCAUGUGUGAGGUCCUGGACAUUCACAACAUUGACGAGCAGCCCCGCCCUCUCACUGACUCCCACAGGGUCAAGUUCACCAAAGAGAUCAAAGGUCUUAAAGUGGAAGUGACACACUGUGGAACCAUGCGUCGGAAGUACAGAGUCUGCAAUGUAACCCGACGCCCUGCCAGCCUCCAGACAUUUCCAUUGCAGCUUGAGAGCGGUCAGACAGUUGAACGUACAGUGGCACAAUACUUCAGAGAGAAGUACAGCCUGCAGCUGAAGUACCCCCACCUGCCCUGUCUGCAGGUGGGCCAGGAACAGAAACACACCUACCUACCCCUGGAAGUGUGCAACAUUGUACCUGGACAGCGCUGCAUCAAAAAGCUAACAGACAACCAGACGUCGACCAUGAUCAAAGCAACCGCCCGCUCUGCACCAGACAGACAGGAGGAGAUCAGCAGGCUGGUGAGGAGUGCAAAUUACGAGGCCGACCCGUUUGUCCAGGAGUUUCAGUUCCGCGUGCGAGAUGAGAUGGCUCAGGUGACGGGUCGCGUCCUGCCGGCCCCCAUGCUGCAAUAUGGCGGCAGGGUGAGCUCUGAACCAUUUAUGUCCCAGCAGAUCAACCCUGCACUGUCCUUGCAGAACCGCACGGUGGCCACACCCAGCCAUGGGGUGUGGGAUAUGAGGGGGAAGCAGUUUCACACCGGGGUGGAGAUCAAGAUGUGGGCCAUCGCCUGCUUUGCCACCCAGAGGCAGUGCAGAGAAGAAAUCCUUAAGAGCUUCACUGACCAGCUGCGUAAAAUCUCAAAGGAUGCUGGGAUGCCGAUCCAAGGCCAGCCGUGUUUCUGUAAAUACGCCCAGGGAGCAGACAGCGUGGAGCCCAUGUUCAGACACCUGAAGAACACUUACGCUGGACUGCAGCUCAUCAUCGUAAUCCUGCCUGGGAAAACACCUGUCUAUGCUGAGGUUAAGCGCGUGGGUGACACCCUCCUGGGCAUGGCCACUCAGUGUGUGCAGGUGAAGAACGUAGUAAAGACGUCCCCCCAGACCCUCUCCAACCUCUGCCUCAAGAUCAACGUCAAGCUGGGAGGCAUCAACAACAUCCUGGUUCCACACCAACGACCCUCUGUGUUCCAACAGCCAGUCAUCUUCCUCGGGGCUGAUGUCACUCAUCCUCCAGCAGGAGAUGGGAAAAAGCCAUCUAUUGCAGCGGUGGUGGGCAGCAUGGAUGCCCACCCCAGCAGGUACUGUGCUACGGUGAGGGUCCAGAGGCCCAGACAGGAGGUCAUCCAGGACUUGGCCUCCAUGGUGCGAGAGCUCUUGAUCCAGUUCUACAAAUCAACCCGCUACAAGCCAACCAGGAUAAUCUUCUACAGGGACGGAGUGUCAGAGGGACAGUUCAGACAAGUGCUGUACUAUGAGCUGCUGGCCAUCAGGGAGGCCUGCAUCAGUCUAGAGAAGGAAUACCAGCCGGGAAUUACUUACAUUGUAGUACAGAAACGCCAUCACACGCGGCUCUUCUGUGCAGAUCGCAAUGAGCGGGUUGGACGAAGUGGAAACAUUCCUGCCGGCACCACGGUGGACACAGACAUCACCCACCCAUACGAGUUUGACUUUUACCUCUGCAGUCACGCUGGAAUCCAGGGUACGAGCCGGCCUUCCCACUACCACGUUCUGUGGGAUGACAACUGUUUCACCGGCGACGAGUUCCAGCUCCUCACCUACCAGCUGUGCCACACCUACGUCCGCUGCACGCGCUCCGUCUCCAUCCCAGCACCGGCCUACUACGCCCACCUGGUGGCCUUCCGUGCCCGCUACCACCUGGUUGACAAAGAGCACGACAGUGCGGAGGGCAGCCACGUCUCAGGGCAGAGUAAUGGCAGGGACCCGCAGGCGAUGGCCAAGGCUGUUCAGAUCCACCACGACACACUGACGACCAUGUAUUUCGCCUGAAAGCUCCCCCUACAUCCCUCCAUCUUUCCCAUUCUUUUAGAGUCCGACUUCCAUCAGCCGCCUUGUCUCAUCGCGCAGAGUGACCCUUCCCCCCCGUCGUGCUGGUGCAGCUUUGGUCACUAGAGCACUUGAUGAUGACAGCUGCAGGUUGCGUAAGGAUGUAAUAAUAAGCCAGAGAGGAGUUACAGCCACAUUAUGCAAUUUGAAACCAGCCAAUUGUUUCUGUGCUACUGUCCACUCAUCUCUCUCAACUACUCUGCUGUACUUAAAUCACAAUGGAUUCUCUCUUCUUUUUAAAGCUUGCAAGCCUCCAAGUUUUGACAGCUUAUUUUGCUGUACACCCCCCCCCCCCCUCUAUGUUCAUAAUAUGGCGGAGUCAGCAAGGGAAAACAUAUACACCCCCCCCCCCCCCCCUCUAUGUUCAUAAGAAUGGCGGAGCAGCAGGGAAUACAAUAACUGAUGAUUUUUUUGGUGCAUGGAUGUAAGCAGAACCAGUGAGGACCUGCCUUGUUCCGUAGCCUCACGUUGAGCCUAAUGUUGCUGGUUUAUAUUCUAGUUGGUUUUACAUGUUUGUUUGUUUGUGAGUUUUCAGCUUGUCUAGAUACAAUACUGUAUGUGUAAUUUCUCUGUCAAACUAAUGUGUGAUUGCCAUGGCAACAUGUUAUUCAAGUAUGCACGUA